CAUGUCUUUUCCUUCAUGGAGAUUUGGCAGACAACAACAGAAUGACUGGAGGAAACCUGAGUUGUUUAGGGCCACAGAGAGCUUUGGGAACGUGUAGAGAGUCUUCCAAAUAUUUUUGUUUUAAGUUCAAAUGCACUGGAAGGUGUUACUAUAGCUUGGGUGUAUCAAAGGGGAUGUAACACUUUCAAGCCCCCUGCCUCACUUCUGCUUGUGGAAUUUGUAAUGCCAGUGGGAUCAGACUUGCUAUAUAAAGCCACCACAUUAGAUCGCUUUCCCAUUCAGGCAGCUCGAAACCUUGCAGAGCUGUCUCUUAUUCGCCAAGAACAGCUUGUGCUGAGGAGAGAGAAAGAGGGGGAGAUUUAGGGGCUCUUCUCCCCACCAAUAGCUAGGCAAAGAAUGGCUGUGAAUCUCAGAUGCUUGGUAAGCUGUGCUCUCAUCAUAGCUGCCACCGCAAAUGGAUUUACCCAGAAAGGACUCAAACAGAUAUUGCUGGAUAAAUUAGGGCUUCCUGAGCUCCCUGCUCUUCAGAGGACAGACAUGGAGAAUCUGGUCAUUCCAGAAAAUAUAAGGAAUAAAUACAUGUCUAUGCUGAAGCGCCGCCGAGAGAAGCGGAGAGCAAUGCCAAGUCUAGCUGGAAUCCUGAGAGGAAUUUCCGGCAAUGCAGAUAUUCCUGGAGAUAUUCUCUAUUCGGACACCACCCGUCAAAAACUGAUCUUCGACAUGGAAGGCAGGAUACCAGCAAACAGCGAAGUCACCAUGGCUGAGCUGAAGCUUUUCAAAAAGCCCCUGGAGAGGAAACACCUGCCCAGCAAGCCAUCUCAUCGGCCAGUCAUGAAUGCCAGGGUGAGCGUGUACUGGGUGCAGCCCCAAGAGAAUGGCACCAACCGGACCUCUUUGAUUGAUUCCAGGUUAGUUCCACUUAUGGAGUCUGGCUGGAGGAAUUUCGAUGUCACCCAGGCAGUGCAUUUUUGGCUAAAGACCAAGAUGCAGGGGCCGAUGCUCUUGGAGAUCUGGAUUGAAGGAGAAAGAUUAGGCAGCUAUGCCUCUGAAAUGGCCAAAACUGUGCGCUUUACUUCUCAGGAUCCUUUGGACAAAGCACUGGGCAAGCCUGAGUUGGUGCUUUAUACCCUUAACCUGGAAGACUAUGGGGGACCUGGAGAUUGUGAAGGAGGAACCCUGACUGAGAAGACUACCUGCUGCCGCCAGGAACAUUACAUCAAUUUCCGAGAGCUGACCUGGACACAGUAUUGGAUUAUCGAGCCAGCCGGCUACCAGGCUUACCACUGUGUGGGUGGCUGCCGGCAACCCAAGAAUUUGCUGCGCCAUUUUGGCUACGGAGAGAGAACCUGUGCUGUGCUGGAGAGCUCUCCGCUGCCCAUGAUGUAUCUUGUCAAGAAGGGAAACUACACUGAAAUUGAGGUGGCAGAGUUCCCUAAUAUGAUUGUAGAAAAAUGUGGCUGCAUCAUGGACAACAUAGCAGCAGUCUAGCCACACACCAAACACAGAAUGGCAGAAAGGCAAGAGGUAGCCUGUUACAGGGUGCUCUUUUCCUAGUUUAACCAGAAAACCGAGUUCUCCUAAUGUUGACCACAUAUCACCCGUGGCACUCUGAAUUUGGUUGCUGGUAUUCUUAAUACAUUUGAACAAUAAUUUGGUUCCUCUCCUGUCAUACGUAUACAAUUUUGCAGUCACAAAUGCAGGUUGUUCCAAUCUGGAUGGAAUUUUGCCAUGUAUAACUUGUAUGUCUGCCUUUCAUGGCCAUGAUGGCUGUGUUCUACCUCCACUGUUCCUGGGAAUCUCAAGUGGGAAGAGUGCUGUUGCACCUAGGCCCUGCUUGUGGGCUUCUCGUAGGUAUCUGGUUGGCCACUGUGAGAACAGGAUGCUGGACUAAAUUGGCCUUUGGUCUUACUGGGUACUUAUAUUCUAUUUGUUUGUUUGUUGCUGGGCUAUCAUUUUCCAUGGUAGAGCAGCAAAGUAGGAUAUAAUCCCAAAUUCACUGAGCGAUAGCAG